AGUUAUGUUUUGGUCUUUGUGGAUCUUUAAAUGGUCAGCGGUUGAUCGCGGGCGGCAAAAUGGCGUAUGUCUUCCCCUCGUGCAGAAUAUGUUUGAUAAGAAAGUUUUGAAAAUGAAGCAAUUUUCUCAGGGAGUUGAUGAUGUUAGACGAGAAGGUUUGAAUGAAGUUGUUUGAAGGUGACGGAUAACUAAUAAAAUAGUAAUAAUGAGGUAUUUCGUGCGAAUAUCUGGGGAAAGACGUGUUGGUGUGUUCAGCAAUCUUCACUCUUCAUUAUGGAGUUAUGGUCGAAAUAGUUCACCAAUCUUAGUGACUUCGACGUACCAGAAAAAUGUUCGCUAUCUAUCUGCAAAACGACAACCAAAGCCAAAAGGAUUGUUUGGCAAGUUUAUUGACAAUAUCCGUGAAGGUUUUGAAAAAGAUAAGGAGAUGCAGGAAAACCUGAAAAGAUUUCAAGAAGAGGCGAAAAGCUUGAGAAAUCAUCUGCAUUUAGAACAGCCAAACAAAAUUUGGAGUUUUGGAGAUGUGAAGGAACAAACCAGCCAAGGCAUUUCAAAGAUUUCCUCAUUUUUAAAAGAUGGUGGUGACCAACUUAGUGAAUCCGCUUCAAAAGUUGUCAAAGAAGUGAAGUCCAGUGAAACAUUUAGAAAAGGACAGGAGAUCUCUGAGGAGUUAGGAAGAUCUGCUCAAGAAGCGUAUAAACAAGUUAAAGAACAAGGUGAAGAAAUACGAAAAACUGAAACAGCCAAAACUGUUACCAAGGGAUUGAAGACGGUCAAGGAAGACUUGUUUGAUCCUAUUGCAGAAGUAUCUAAACCCUAUGAAAGACCUCAGACAUUGCGACGAAGAACGAAUCCAAAUGAACAAUACAGCAUGAAUUUCCAAGAAAAGAAAAUUGAGGCUAAUGAUGAAGCAACGGGUGUAGUUUUGCAUAAAGAUUCAGUUUGGUAUCAACAAUGGAAGAAUUUCAAAGAAAAUAAUCCAGUGGUUAAUGGUAUAUUUGAUCUAAAGAUGAAAUAUGAUGAAAGCGACAACAUUUUCAUUCGAGCAUCAAGAACUAUAACCGACAAAGUUGGCGAUAUAUUUCAGGAUGUGUUUUCACAGUCAGACAUGGCAAAGACACUGGCUGAAAUAACAAAAAUUGAUCCUAAUUUCAAUAAGGAUAAAUUUCUACAUGAAUGUCAAUACGAAAUAAUACCAACAGUGUUGCAGGCAUAUAUCAACGGUGACAUGGAUUUACUACAAGAUUGGUGUCAUGAAAGGACUUAUAGUAUCUUAGCAGCUCAAAUUGAGCAAAAUAAAGCAGCAGGGAUCAAAGUGGACACAAAGAUAUUGGAUAUCAGGGAAGUUGAUCUUGCUUUGGCUAAAAUAAUGGAGCAAGGUCCCGUGCUGAUUUUAACAUUUUCAGCUCAACAAACAAUGUGUGCUAUUGAUGCAAGGGGAAAUGUUAUAGAAGGUGGUGAGAAUAAUAUAGAAUUAGUGCACUAUGUUUGGGCAAUGUGUCGCGACCAGACAAUUUUAAAACAUGAACAAGCAUGGAAGGUGUUAGAGUUUGCUGUUCAACAGACAAGUCAGUAUUACUAAACCGUUUCGUGAAUUUUACAAUCUCUUUAUUCCUUGGUGGUCUAUUGUCACAAGUCAGAUACUCAUUAUGGCUGCCAGCGAUGAAGAAAAUGCUUAAGAAAGAAUCUCCAGUGCUAUCAAUUUCAAAGUCUUUGCCAAAUUUUCUUUGCUGUAUGGUUUGUCCAACAUUGGUACAUGUACAAAUAAGACUGAUGAGCUACUAAACUCUGGUUUCAGUCUUUCAUUCAUUGACAUAUAGUAAAUGAAUUCACACAGAUAUCUGGGAAAAUAGAUAUGUGCCAAAAUUUUGGUAAUUGUAAAACAUAAUAUGCUUUUAGCCAAAAA